UAGAUUUUGAUUUUUUAUUCCGAUUGGCCUAUGAUUAAUCCCUUCUCAAUUCAGUAUCUUUUUAUAAAAUUAUAAUAUUUAUUUUACUAUAUUUUCGAUUUUACGAUUUACAAACAUUUAUUUUGUUUUUUAUUACUAUUUGCCAUAACUGUAAUCGUUUCGAAACUGGGCUUGUUAUUGGUUAUGAUCUAAAAAUGCAGUUCUGGAAAAUUAUCUGAUGUAUUUAUUCACUGUGACAACUUUGAUUAUGUCUUGACAAUUUUCAUUAGUCAAGGUGUAGUCAACGGAUACAAUAACAAUUUAAAGUAAAAUGUUAGCAUCUUGUUCAAUAUGUGGUGAUGUUUUCACUGGAAUACAUCCUGAAUCCGUUCAUUCAACACCAUGUGGUCAUGUCUUCCAUUAUGAUUGUCUUAUGACAUGGAUUAAAAGAUCACAAACAUGUCCCCAUUGUCGAUCAAAAGUAACAGACAAACAAGUUAUUAAAUUGUAUUUUCACAAUAAUUCAAAUUUAAGUGUAAAAGAAGACUUAUCUUCACUUACACACCAAGUACAAUCACUUUCAUUUCAAAAUACACUCAAGGACGAAGAAAUAAAAAAUUUGUUAAAAGAAACCAAAAAAGAAAAAGAACAAUUGACUUCAUUAAAAAAACAUGUUAAAGAAGUGGAAGACAAAAUAAGAAGUCAUCAAACAUUUGUAUCUAGUUUGCAAGAAAAUAUUCGUUUUUUAAAAUCUGAAUGUAAAAAAUCCACUUGUUAUAAACUUGAAGCAGAAGAAUUAAGAAAAGAUUUGGAAAAAUAUCAAUCUAUAAAUAAAAUAUUAUAUGGAUCGCCUGCAGAUUCUCAAGAAGCAGUAUGUUUGUUAAAAAAAAAGACUGAUAUUCAAACUUUAUGUUUACUUAUAACUUCUUUUAAAAGAGAGAUUCAAACUUUAAAAGAUAGUAAUAGGGACUUAGAAAUUAAAUUCUCACAACGUGUAACCAAAUAUUUGGAAUUGAAGAAACAUUUAUGCGAUGUAAAUUCAAGAGAAUCUAUGAAUAACCGAGUAAUAGAGAAAUUAAAAUCAGAAAUUACCGAUCUUGAAGCAGAAAUUGUAAGACUUCAAAAGAAAUGUGAAAAUUUAGAAUCUAUGAUCCAAGCGAAUGAUAAUACUCCAAGAAGAACAGAAUUACGUAAAAGAAUAAUUCAUGAGAGUCCAGCACCUGAAAUUCAAAUAACUACCGGUUCAGAAGAAGUACAUAAAUUGGGAUUAAAAACUACUGUAUACAAUCCAGAAAAUUCAGUUUCAAGUUCAGUACAACAAAAAGGACAGUUAAAACUUUAUAGUUUAAACAACAAAACAGAACAAUCAUCAUCACAAUGUGUAAACACAUUCAUGCCUAAAAGCCCCCGGCGACCAAUUGGAUUCAUGAGACCACCUUUAACUACUAAAUCUGUAAGUACUAAUUAUGUGUCAAAAACAAUGGUUUUGACAAGUAGUUCAGAUGAAGAAAUGUAUGAUGGUCUUGGUGGUCGAUCAAAACCAGAUGUGUAUCCUAACCGACAAAAACCUUUACUUAAAAAAAGAAAAUUAGUCUCCAAUUUCAAAAAAAAACCUCUACCAUCAAAUGGUAAUAAGACUUUAGAUAGCUUUCUAUCAACCGAAAUUCUUUAAUGGAGUAUUUUUACUUAAA